GGGGCUGGCGCCUCUGGAGGAGGAGGAGGAGGAAAGGGGGAGGAAGAAGCGGUGGGGUCGUGGCUGUUUGGAGCUGCUGCCGCGGCGGGGCUGAGCUCUGGAGAGCAAUGCACGUUGAACAUGAGCCUUGUUAUGAUCAGUGAGAAUGUAAAGCUGGCCCGUGAAUAUGCCUUACUGGGAAAUUAUGACUCUGCAAUGGUCUACUACCAGGGAGUUCUUGACCAAAUGAAUAAGUACCUCUACUCUGUCAGAGAUACAUAUCUGCAGCAGAAAUGGCAACAGGUUUGGCAGGAGAUAAGUGUGGAAGCUAAGCAUGUGAAAGAUAUAAUGAAAACACUAGAGAGUUUUAAACUAGACAGUACUCCAUUGAAAGCUUCACAACAAGAAUUACCAGCUCAUGAUGCAGAAGUCUGGUCUUUGCCAGUACCUGCUGAGCGUAGACCUUCGCCAGGACCCAGAAAACGUCAGCCUGUUCCAUGCAGUGAUUGCAGAGGUCACAAUAAUCGUAUAAGUGCAGCUGUCCGAGGCCCUCACCGUCCAUCCUCUCGAAAUCCCAAUGAUAAAGGGAAGGCAGUCCGUAGCCGGGAAAAAAAGGAUCAGCAAAAUAAAGGAAAAGAGGAAAAGAACAAAUCCGCAUCUGAGAUUUCAGAGUCUGAACCAAAGAAAUUUGAUAGUACUGGAUAUGAUAAAGAUUUAGUAGAAGCUUUGGAAAGAGAUAUAAUUUCUCAGAAUCCCAACAUUCGAUGGGAUGACAUUGCUGAUUUAGUAGAAGCCAAAAAGCUCCUUAAGGAAGCUGUAGUUUUACCGAUGUGGAUGCCAGAGUUUUUUAAGGGAAUUAGAAGACCAUGGAAGGGUGUCCUCAUGGUUGGUCCUCCUGGUACUGGAAAGACCCUCCUGGCAAAAGCUGUAGCCACUGAAUGCAAGACUACUUUUUUCAAUGUUUCUUCUUCCACACUUACCUCAAAAUACAGAGGAGAAUCUGAGAAACUUGUUCGUCUGCUGUUUGAAAUGGCUCGAUUUUAUGCCCCAACUACUAUAUUUAUUGAUGAGAUAGACUCUAUCUGUAGCCGCAGGGGAACUUCAGAGGAGCAUGAAGCCAGCCGACGUGUGAAGGCAGAACUGCUAGUUCAAAUGGAUGGUGUUGGAGGGGCUACUGAAAAUGAUGAUCCUUCCAAGAUGGUCAUGGUACUUGCUGCUACUAAUUUUCCUUGGGAUAUUGAUGAAGCCCUAAGACGGAGACUAGAAAAGAGAAUUUACAUUCCUUUACCAUCAGCAAAAGGUAGAGAGGAGCUCCUAAGAAUAAAUCUGCGAGAGCUGGAGCUGGCUGAUGAUGUUGACCUUGCAAAUAUAGCUGAGAAAAUGGAGGGUUAUUCAGGUGCAGACAUUACCAACGUAUGCAGGCUUUGGAGGUAGCAAUAAUGUGGCAGUGCAAGGCUUGACCUCCAAGUUGUGCCAACGCAACUGUUGUGGGGCUGUGCUUUGAACAGGGUAAGAGAACUGUACUGGAUUAAAAACAUCUCAUCGCUUUCCUCAAACGCAGACCCAUUUCUUGCCUUGAUUUCUAACACAGCUCUGCAAACACAUGUCAGCACAACUGAGGGGACAAUACGCUGUGCCGCAGGGAUGAAUGCGAGUGGCCUGUAUGCAAAACUGCCAGCAAAGGCUCUAUCAGCAGGGCCCCUUAAGGCCGAACUAAGAGCUUGGAGGCUCAGUACUGUUCCCUGAACAAACCUUACACAGUGUCUGGGAAAAGAAUGGUAUGUUAGUUGCUCUGAGUCAGCGUUGUGCAGAUUUGUUUCAUCUGUAGGUUUGUGAGAUGAAUUUGUGGUGGUUUUUUGCUCAGUCUUGGUGUUGGUUGUGCUUUGAAAAGCGUUUGUGUUAAUAGGUUGAUGUUAUAUGAAAGAGUUUAUUUGGCUUGCUGCUUUGUGCAUUUUAGCUGCCAUUUGUCUCCUCCAGUCUGUUUGGCCUUCCUUGUUUAAUUGUAAUUAAUUUUAUACUGGAUACCAAUACACUUGUUUAAGGGUCAGAAUACUUAUGUUUUUGAGUGAAUUUCACAUAUAUAUACACAUACACACACAUGCUGCUGCAUUUUAUUUUUAAUCAAAGUCCACUUGUACAAAUAGUAUUAAAAAAACCCAAAGCAAAAAGAAACAAACAGAAAAACCCCAUGAACAAAUACCUGAGUCUUUCAUUUGUGACAGUCUCCCUAGAGAUGACUGAGGUGGCAGCAACCAUAAAUCCAGACAAACUGGGGCUUGGAUGUGCAUGAUCUGAAAUCAGUAAGAAAGUAUUCUACACUUUGCUGAUGGUUUCAGGAAAAAUAGAUCUUAAACAUGAUUGUUUCAUUUACAAUGAGACAAAAAGACAUAUGGCUGAUUUAAAAGUGUUUUUGUACGGUCUGGACAUAUAGUACAUAAGCCCAAUGAAGUCCAAACUUGUAGGCUGUAACGGUCCUUGCUGGUGACACUAGCAAAAAUUAAGAAAAAGUGAGCCAAGAACUCUGGUUUGCUCAAAUUAUUCUCCUACCUUAAAGAAUUUGAGGUGAAACCUAAAGUUUGCUGAGCCAGAGUGAAAACCAGUCAGAGAUAACAGUACAGUUCCUAGGAGUCAGCAUAUAACCAGGAAAAGUGAAGGUGAAACUUCAUUUUAAAAAGACAUUCAGGAAAUUUAAAAUGCAUGAAAAUUGCAUAUUAGAUGUGAGUAUGAACUGACUUUGCAUUGUUGUUUCGAGCGGACUGUGAAGGUUGAAAGGCCUUUGGAACAGAACUGACCCCUACUGCAUGUUUCAGUGGGUGGCUGCUUGUUUUUUGAAUAUAGCUUUGGUGCUU